CAUAGUUGCAUGUUGUGUUGUUAGAUGUAUGAUGCCCAGAGGAAGGUGUGGUGGACCAAGGGUGAGGAACAAGAGACUGGCAAGAAAGAGUUUAUUGAGUUGCUCAAGACACUUGAAUCUGAGCUUAGAGACAAAACUUACUUUGGUGGUGAUGACUUUGGCUACGUAGACAUUGGAUUGAUUGGGUUCUACUCGUGGUUCCAUGCAUGCGAGAAGUAUGGUAACUUGAACAUCGAGUCAGAGUGUCCGAAACUGAUCGCUUGGGCUAAAACGUGUAUGCAGAGGGAGAGCGUGGCUAAGUCCUUGCCUGAUUCUGAGAAGGUUAUUAAGUUCGUCACUGAGAUCAGGAAGAAGUUUAUGAUUGAGUAGAUCGUGUUUUCUUUGUCCACUUGGUUCUUAUCUACCCUCACUUGUCAUGUGUUUGCCUUUGAUGAUGUCUUCUUUUAUAAUGCUAAAGAAUAUCUGUGGAUGUAGAGAAUGUAUGUUCUUGUUUGGGUGUGUUUGUGGGUUUGGUGAUUGUCCCUGGCUUGUACUUUGUAUGCAUCUUGGAGUUAAUGAUAUGAUUUAGUAACAAAA